AGACAUUUGAUUCACUUCGUGCGCAAUGGGUCGUCGCAAGUCCAAAAGAAAGCCCCCUCCUAAGAAGAAGAUGACGGGAGAUCUGGAAACUCAGUUCACCUGCCCGUUUUGUAACCACGAGAAGUCGUGUGAUGUCAAAAUGGAGAGAAACAGAAAUACUGGGAUAAUAUCGUGCACAGUCUGCCUGGAGGAGUUCCAGACACCUAUUACCUAUCUGUCAGAGCCAGUUGACGUGUACAGUGAUUGGAUAGAUGCCUGUGAAGCAGCUAAUCAGUAGCCUUCAAGGAGCUGUGGAGAAGAGCCUGGUGGGGCUUAGAAGUCAAGCUGGUCAGAGGACAUUCAAUAAAUUUAGAUUAUUCACAGAUCUUUGUAUAGAAAUUUUACAGCUAUAUGAACAGCUGUUUAUACUGGGAUAUGAAGUACUUAACAUAACCGUCUCUGAAUUCUUCCUACUUUUUAUUUCUGACCUUCUUUACUAUAGUUCUAUAGUUCUUAGAUUUUUUUAUAAUUUGUCUGCAGAUUACAUUGAUGUGUUUAAUUAUUUUCAAUUUUGGCCCUUUAAAAAGUAGUUUGUCUUGCUUUUUAUCUACUUUUUCAUAGGUUGAUCGGUUUAUCUAAAUCAAUAUAAUUUCAUGCAAGAGCAUUUGGAGAAAUAAUAUUAGUAGGCAGAUGGAUUUUGGCAUAUUAAAAAGUAUGUAUCUGGUUAUUUCACAAGGAGGAAGAGUGACUGAACAGUAGAUGUUGCACUCUACAUUUAUUUAGUCUAUCUUAAACGUUACAAUUACUGUGAGAACUCAGCCUACAGCAGGAUCUGGUUGGAGAAGAAAUUUUCCUGCAGUAGCAGCCUUUGCAUAGUCUAGGUGGGAGUGAACGUCUUUGUUUGAGUGAAUACACAGUUUAGGGCAGCAGCAGCACUGGGAUGAUGUCACACUAAGCAAUUUGUUUUUACCAUCUCAUCUCAAUGCAGCGUAGUUGAUCUAAGGAUUCUCUAAUGUUUGCUGAACUAUGUAAUCCUCGGUCACCCUCAGUUAAGCAUAAUGUUCGGUGUGUUGUUCAGAGAGGAGCAACAUUAGGUAAGAUCGGUGUGUAUCUGCUAGAUUCCUACAUUUUGAAUUGUUCUUAAUCCAUUUGCUUUUCAGUUCAUUGUGUCUUUUUAAGUUACAGAUUGAAGAAAAAAGGACAUUAAAUGUAAAUCAUCUUUAUUGAGCAUAUACCUUAUGUACUGUAAUUGUAUCCUAAUCUGUAAUAGUGUUGCUCUAUGCAAUUGCGAUCAGUGUUAUAGAUCAUACAAGCAAACAGUUUUUAAAAUGUAAUGACUUCACAAAAGGGUAAUUAUGGAAAUAAAGAAGCGUUGAGAGUUGAUACUGUUAAGAUGGAUUUUUAUUCUGUUGUAAAGUGAAGUAAAUGUACUGUAUUUUUCUACCACAGUUGAGCCAAUGUUUGUUAAUCACAGAAUUCCACACAAACUUGAUGUUUUUAUUGUUUUUUUAACCUGUUUGUUCAGAUCUUUAACUGGUUUAAUGUAGUAGCGGGGCUCAAGAUGACCUGUCAAAGAAAAGAUGCACGUUCAUGAGCUCGGUUCUGAGACGAUAGGCAUAAAUUACUCUGUUAAUAUUUAUCUCUGUGUUGUAGUAUAGAUGUAAUGAUAAAACAGCAGACUCAGCUUUGAAUGUGGGCUUUUUAUUUAACUCCCAUCUUCUUGACAUCAUCAAUAAAAGCUGUUGUUAGUUGUACUGUUAA